AUGGGCCAGAGACAGCACAUGAGGUCUUGGCUGAUGUCAGGGAAGGAGACCCAACCCGGGGCUUCCUCCGGGGAAUCAGGACUCCUCCCUUGUGGGUCCUGUGACAUGGUUUUCCGUUCCUGGGCCCUGUUGGCCACCCAUACUCAGCGUUUCUGCAUUGGCCGCCUGACCCAGGAGGUGACGCUUGGAGCACAGCCUUCAAAAGUCACAGAAACAGCCCCCAGUGCGGUAAGGGUCUCCUUCGAUCAGGUUGUGUCAGAGGAACCCCAGGGCCUUUCAGACCAGGAGGCCAGUAAAGGAGCUCUAAUAAGGCUGACAGAGGAGGCUGCAGGAAGCCCUGAUGAACGUUUGCGGGCGCUGUACGGGACACACGCAAGACGCGUGGCAGAGACCGAAGCACAGGGCGCGGCUCUGCAGCGACGUAGCGAGGAACUGAGCAGGCGCCUGCAAGGGUUAGCCUCGUCGCAGGGCGGGUCAGCUCGCCCACUCAGCGUGGAGCGGGAGCUGCGGGUACUGCGGGCAGAGGCCGAAAGAACUCGGGGAGCACUGGAAAUGUUGGAGGAGCAAAUGAAGCAGUUGCAUUCGGAGGCCGGGAUCCGACUGAACUCCUUAAGAGCGGGAGAACUUUGUCGUCCGGGGCCGCAGGCCAACGCGGGGACUCUGGCUGCGGAGAUAGGGGCUCUGCGGGAGGCUUAUCUUCACGGCGGGGGUCGGGACCCGGGCCUGCUGGGCCAGAUGUGGCAGAUGCAAGCGGAGGCGUCGGCCCUGGAGCAGCGGCGGUCGCGGAUCCGCAGGGGAAAACAUGCAGGAGAUGCAUCUGGGGAGCUUCUGGCGGUAGAAACUGGAAACCGGCGUCUGGAGGCGGAAAUCCUGGCUCUGCAGAUGCAGAGGGGCCUCGGCCCGUCCUUGUGGGAGACCCUCUUGGAUGGCAAGGAAAAGGCUCCACUGCUUUCUGGAGCUAGGGCCACGAACCUGGGCCAGGAUCCCUACUUCCUCCUACCCUCAUCUGAUGUUCUGGGCCCUGCGCCUUAUGACCCCGGGACUGGUCUGGUCAUUUUCUAUGACUUCCUGCGGGGCCUUGAGACUUCUUGGAUUUGGGUGCAGUUAAGCACUGGCUUGGCACGAGAUGGACAGAAUACAGGAAGGAGUACAGCAUUGCCCCCAGCCCUCUGCCUGCCCCCACCUGCAGCUCCUGGGCCCAUGGGCAAUUGUGCCAUUCUUGCCAGCAGGCAGCCUAUUCCCAGAUUGCCACCCUCACCAUCAGUGUCCUUGAUCUGUGAGCUGCAGGCCUGGCAAGGGUCAUCAUGGCCGAGGGCACCAGAACCAAAGGCCUGGGCCUCACUACACCUAUUUGACGAGGGUCAGAGGGUGUUAAGUGGUCGAUGGCGUCUUCCACUUCGAGCCCUUCCUCGAGACAGCAGCCUCAGUCCUGGGCAGCUGAAUGGAAUUCCCCAGGUAGGGCAGACUGAACUUUUUCUGCGGCUGGUCAAUGCAAGAGAUGCAAGUGUCCAGACACUGGCGGAGAUCAAUCCAGCAAGUGCCCAGGAGUACCAGUACCCACCUCUGGUGUCCAGCUCUUCACUGGAAACCAACUCCCUGGCUCCAGCAGCUGGCUUUGUUGAUCCCCCUCCUCCAGAACCCCUCAUAGGCAGAGUAGAGGACAGAGAUGAAAAUUGGAGCCCUGCAAGUUUUGACCCACCAACUCUGGAUUCCUAA